AUGCAAGACAACGUAUUGUAUUUUUUUAUGUCCUUUGCAGAAGACAAAUUUUUAACGGACAAUGGAAUAGCGAAGGCUUUAAACGAUUCUGAGUUUGAAUUUUCGGGAGAUGAACAAACAGCCAAUGAUCAUCAAAUCAGUGAGUCAAGCAGUUCAGAUGAAGAGGGAAACACAUUGGUUCCUGCAGCUGCUUCCCCGGCGUUCUCUAGCAGUUCUGAUAUCUCAUCGACGUCAUCACGGCCCCGCUCAAAAGGACGUGGCAGCAGUGUUUCACGUGGAUAUAGACGUGGCCGCGGUCGUGGACGUGGUCUCAGUUUGAGCGAGGAUGCUCCAGGGCCGCAAUCGUCGCCUUUGUCAACCCACCAGAUUGCAAUUAGGAAUCGUCAACAUAAUGAUGGCUUUCAAGAUACCUGGACCAAGGAUACAUUAGAUUCAGAAUAUAGGAAUAACAAUGAUAAUGUCAGUACUGCAGUAUCCACAAAU